AGAAAGAAGAGUUCGUUUGUUGUGGAGAAAUAGGGCAGGAACCACACAAAGGAGAGAGGUUUUUCUUGUGGAGACAUUAAACAAAGGGGGAUUCCAACAUGAUUCCAGUGGGUACUUCUAACUGUUUCGUGAAUGGAUCGCAAGGGCUACAGAUGUAUGGAAUGACUGCUGAAGGUUCGGUUUCUUCUUCUCUUGGAGGCAGCUCGGUUUUGGAGGCUCACUCCUGCUCUCUCGUCUACAGUUUCUCUAUUCUCAAAGACAAGGUCCAUCAGGUGCAAUCCCUGAUCAGCAUCUUCGUCCCUCCCAAUCAAGGCCAACCCGAGUCUAUGGCCAUGGCCGUGGCCGGCAUGGGCAAUUUGAUUCAAGAAGUUAUUGCAGCUGCAUCUUCAAUGAUGUACAGUUGCCAGCAGAUGGGUUAUGGUGCAGCUCCAGGUAACAGUGGCACCAAUCAUGGAUUGCCCCAGCAAGGCGUUGAGCUCUCAGAUGGCAGGGUCUGCGGCGAUACUGGUGUUGUCCAAAUGGGAGAAGAAAGAGGGCAAGGAUUCUAUUCCAGUGAUCAAUCUCUUGACUGGUAUGGCGAUAACCAUAACAACUCUAAUACUAAUGAUCAUAGUCGGACUAUCAUUGUCAGCAACAAUGACAAGGUUGAAUCGAGGGAAUUGCCUCAAGGUUCAACCCAAAUGAAUGAAGGGUUGGGGGGAGUUUUGCCAAAGACUUUCGAUAUUGUAGAGUUGGAUGCUGAAGAUUUGUUAGCCAAGUACACACAUUACUGCCAAAUUUGUGGAAAAGGGUUCAAGAGAGACGCAAAUUUGAGAAUGCACAUGAGGGCUCACGGGGAUGAGUACAAGUCCAAUGCUGCUUUAAGCAACCCCACGAAGAAUAUUGGAAGAGAGAUGGAAAAUAAAGACGAUCUGAUAAAAUUGCCAAGGAAAUACUCAUGUCCGCAAGAAGGGUGCAGAUGGAACCGGAAGCACGCCAAAUUUCAGCCAUUGAAAUCAAUGAUAUGUGUGAAGAACCAUUACAAGAGAAGCCACUGCCCAAAGAUGUACAUCUGCAAGAGGUGCAACCAGAAACAGUUUUCGGUGUUGUCUGAUCUGCGAACCCAUGAGAAGCACUGUGGCGAUCUCAAGUGGCUGUGCUCCUGCGGCACCACAUUUUCUAGGAAAGAUAAGCUUAUGGGUCACGUUGCUUUGUUCGUUGGACACACUCCAGCCAUCAAUUCUAUGUCAAAGCCAGUAAAGUUUUAUCAAAAUGCAUCACGAUUGCAAUGAGUUCAUCAAGAUAGAUGCUCCUUUUUCUGUCUUCUGCACAUGUUAAUCUGAUGUAUCAUUUAGUUAAUUUUCCUCUAGAAAUAGUGAGUUGGUGUUCUGGGAUCGAUCUGCUGUCAUAUCCUGAAGGGACUUUGUAUUUUGAAUAAUGAAUGUAGAAAUGCAUAGAACUACUGAUCUUUU